AUGAUGUCCAGAAAAUUUAAUAAUGCAGAACGAGAUCGCCAUUGGCAACUUAUCCAGUCACUUUACCACUACCACUACCACCACUUUUUCGAAAUUUUUAAAUUUACUCGGCUGCUGAUCAAAUUGAAGUGCAAGACCAUUGUUGAAGAGACGCUGUUUGAAGUUGUUUACACAUUGGAGAGAGGCAAUACGCGACCCAUUGCAAUUGGCAAAGCAGUCGCCCAGCGCGAUUCUUUCACAUGUUUUGGAUACCCUGAUACACCACCUCCUCAAGAUGAAUUUCCAGAUGACAUUGAAACUAAAAACGUCAUUCAAUCUGCUGAAAGCGAUGACUAUGCAUUAACUAAGAUUGAAAGCAACAUCAAACCAACAAAAGCAAGCAUCUUGGACUUUCUGUGCGGCGUUUUAACAAUUGAUCCAUCAAGUUGUUCCAAGAGCCACUAUGAUUUCAAAUCGUUAACCGAGACGGACAUCUUUAACCUGAUGACAGCCAAUAUCCCGAGUGCAAAGGAUUCGAUCACUGCUAACCAGAUAAGUAAAUGGAUUAAGAAUAAUGGGUCUUUUGGUCAAUCCAAAUCCAUGCGUCAAGGGUAUGACGUGAUUAAAGCAAGGAAAUUAUGGGUGCUGAAGCCCGGAUUUGUGAGUAAGUCAUCUUAG